AUGAGCCUAAAGCUAGAAAUCAAAGGGGGAGUGGUAAAUGUAGUCCGUGAGUAUGUUCCACAAGUAGAGUUUGAAGAGAAGGUGAGAUUCUGGAGCGAGUUGGAUGAGGUCAUACACAGUAUCCCCAGGGGAGCGAGAAUAGUUAUUGGAGCAGACCUUAAUGGGCAUGUUGGUGAGGGGAACAGAGGUGAUGAGGAAUGGACUCUUCACCUCUGUCAUUGUGCCAACGUUAAGAGUCCCCAUUCUCAAAUCUAGGCUCCUACCUUUUCUUGCUCUUCUCUCUGUCCACAAACCCAUCUGCCUUCUCUCCUUCUUUGACCAACAGUAAUCCAAUUUCCACCGGCACCCUAUAGGUCAAAAGCAUCGGUGGCAGCCCUCGUUAACCCAGGCCUCGACCGGUCCAGUAAUUCCUAUGGAUGAAUCGCAUGUUUGUUUUGGCGAGUUUUAGGCCGGAUGCCCUUCCUGACGCAACCCUCUCCAUUUUUCCGGCAAAGAAGUCACUGGCUUGCAACCCCUAGGGCUAGAUUAGUGAACACCGCAUGGUUACUACAGUAACUGAAAUUGUCAAGUUGCCAGGUUGGGAUGGAUGACUGGUUACACAAAGAACAUGACAAUUUCACAGUGACUCAGAGUUUGAGUCCACAAAACGUAUCUAAGUAUCUGCUGCUAAUCAGUCAAAUCAUUAUCUUAGUGCUUUUUCUGGUUAAUGUUCACCUCACACAUUGACAACGUUAACAUACAAAGGUCACAAUGGAGAAGUAAAUUAUUUCAGGCACAGCAAGACAAUAAGGAGGGAAGACUUACGACAAUACCAUGGUUGAAAUCACAGAGCUCCAAAAGAUUGGUAUUGGGGUGAUGGGAUUUGGUUUGUUUUUCCUGCUCUUUGGUGUCCUGCUGUACUUUGACUCUGUUUUGCUGGCAUUUGGGAAUAUACUGUUUCUGAGUGGUUUGACAUUUAUCAUCGGCUUCAGGAGAACAGCCAAGUUCUUCUUCCAAAAACACAAAUUCCGAGGCUCUUUCUUCUUUCUGGGUGGAGUUUCAUUGGUGCUGUGCCGCUGGUCAAUCAUUGGAAUGUUAGUGGAGAGUUAUGGUUUUAUACUUUUAUUCAGUGAUGGUGAGAUGAAGCCUCAUGAGGCAUUGAGCCAAUUGGUUCUUGAAGCUUCAUUUGCGCACGAAACCACCUAUUGGCCAAGUCCUUCUUUCCCAUGGCCUUCAAAUUUGUGCUGUCAGCUGUAAAUAUCCCUUACCUCAGUGCAGUACGUAUGAUGUUUUUCUCCAGCAGCUCCUCAAGGGUAUGAGCCUAAAACUCGUUACAGCAACAAAAGUAAUUAUCCUUUACUUAACUGUGUUGGUCACAUAGUGUGUGAGCAAUAAGUUAUAAUACACAAUUGGUGUACUGUAAACGGUGUACUGCAAAUUGGACUCUGGACAGACUAAUAUUAUGAAAUAUGUGGUGGAAAUGUAGCAAUGAUGUCUACCUCUGUUGUGCCUACUUCCUGCUGGUCCAGAGCAAAAGAUUCAGAAACACUCAUAAUAGAGGGGCUUUACACAACCUGGCCCCCGAUAGACACCAUGAGUCUUUAAUUAAACAAUCAUACUUUUUAGUCAUAGUUCAUUUUGGGCUUAUUUUGGCAUUAAGACAUAAUAAUAAAAAAAAAAUAGUUGAACUAUGUAACUGUGUACCUGUUCACAAUGUGCAUGUAUAUAAAACGAGUUUCACUAUUUGGAUUCAAUAAUGGAAAUAAAUUAACUUUUUUUAAGUGAAACUGACCUAUCGAUUGAUUGUCCUCUGUAGUGAAGUAAAGUAUUAAAGCUGAUUCAAAUUAUUAAUUCAAUAUUAAUACAAAAACAUUUAUAUUCUUCAAAAUAAGGGCACCAGGUCUAAGCAUUAA